UACAGUGUAAAACAUGGCGGCAAGAACAUGGGUGGACGCUUUGCUGUGGCCGGCACUGGUCAUCGGGGCUUGUCUGGUGGUCAGUGGGUGUGCAGCAGCUGACACAGACUGUAAGCCAGGCCCCAAAGUGAAGAACCAGGACUGGGGUUAUGUUGACGUGCGUUCUGCGGCUCACAUGUUCUGGUGGCUGUACUACAACACAGACAAUUUACCUGCUGCAAGUUCUACUCCUACACCACUUAUACUCUGGUUACAGGGUGGCCCUGGAGGCUCUUCAACCGGGUUUGGAAACUUCCAGGAGAUUGGACCUAUGGACGUCAGUCAGCAGCCCAGGAACACUACAUGGCUGUCAGUAGCCAACCUGUUGUUUAUCGACAAUCCAGUUGGAACCGGUUACAGCUAUGUGACCAACAAGAACGCCUAUGCCACUGACGUCAGCAUGGUCGCUGCUGACCUGGUCACUCUGCUCAAGGCCUUCUUCAACUGCAAGACAGACCUACAGAAUGUUCCCUUCUACAUAUUCUGUGAGUCAUAUGGAGGAAAGAUGUCGGCUGCUUUAGCUCAGGCACUAUACAAGGCUGUGAAGCAAGGUGAAGUGAAGUGUGACCUGAAAGGUGUGGCUCUGGGAGACUCCUGGAUUUCAGCCAUGGACUAUGUCAACACCUGGGGACCUUACCUGAAAGCAACGUCCCUGCUGGACCAUGUGGGUCUCCAGGCAGUACAGAAGUCGGCGCAGCAGACCCAGGCGGCCGUGGACCAAGGUCGGUGGAGGAACGCCACUGAACUCUGGAGCAGGACGGAAGACGUCUUGGAGGAGUUCAGCAACGGAGUGAGCUUCUACAACAUUCUUGGUGACAAGGUCAAGUUCGAAGUAUCUGGCAGUAGAACACCAAACUUGGGUAACUCGUAUAUUGAGAUGCUGUACAGGAGACAUGUCUCCCCCUUACACGCCCCCAGCCUUGCUGAACUCAUGAACGGCCCCAUCAAGAAAUAUCUGGAGGUCAUACCUGAAGAUGUCACAUGGGGAGCUCAAUCAGGAGAGGUGUUUGCGAUGAUGGCAGGAGACUUCAUGAAGCCAGUCAUCGACAUUGUCGAUGACUUGAUUCAGAACACAGACCUGGCCGUGGUGGUGUAUAAUGGACAGUUGGACCUCAUCUGUAACACUAUUGGAACUGAAGCCUGGGUGCACAAGCUGAAGUGGCCGGGCCUCGCACAGUUUGACACCAAGAGGUGGAAGCCCAUUAUGACCAAGGAGAAAACCGUCGGCUUCGUCAAGACUGUGGACAACUUCUCAUUUUACUGGAUCUUAAAUGCUGGGCAUAUGGUACCAGCAGAUGCAGGGGAGACAGCUCUUAGGAUGGUUACCAUGGUGAUGGACAGUCAACGAUGAAGACAACUUGAUGAUCUUAAAUAAAAUAGCAAGUUGAACCUAGAACGUGUCACAGUGGACAGUGCAAGUUUUGUGCCAUAUAGGGUAUAUUUAGUACCGCUACCGUAACAUUACAAAUGUAUUUUGGACUGUUAAAACAUCAAAUGCAAUUUCAGGGCACUGCAAAGCAAAUUUUUAUCAUAUUCUGGAUGAGGAAAUCUGUCUGAUAUUGACAUUUGCUGCCAUUUCUUAGCAUAUUUCUGUCUACAUUUCAUACAUGUACUUAAAGUGAUUAAAAUAGCUCCAAAGCACCUUUUUAUUUUUUGCAUAGUUAAGUCAUAGCCUCUUUAUUUUUUGUGUAGUAGUCAGUCUUAUGAGACUGACAGUAAACCCAUAAAAAGCUAGAACUGGCCUAGUGUACAGAUGUAUAAUCCCAUGACUUAAUCCUCUUUGUUUAUCCAAAGGCAUUUAGCCUCAGGGAGGUACAGAAUACAUAAUAAUUGUAUUUUAUUUUGGUUUGUUUAUUUGUAAACAGUUGUUGAACAACUUUGACUGGAUAUUGAAUUUGUCCAGGCAUCCCAGACUUUAUGUGUAUAUUAUGUUUUGUGUGAUUCUAUAUUAUUCUGUGUGCAUGCUUUUCAAUGAGUCAUAGUUCCUAAAUUCAGCUGCCAUAUCAGUAGAAUGUUAGAUCCACCAAAUUUCAUCUUUGACAUUUGCUUCUCAAUCAGUUAUGGUGUGUUCUUAUGAAGUAUUCACCUAUUCCAAUAAAAUAUACCUGACAGUGCACC